GGAAACGUGCUCCCGGGCGCCGAGCGGCCGCUCGCUGUCAUUCGCUCGACUCGAGGCAGCCGGUGCGAUCGUGGCAGAGGCGGAGUGGAGCAGCGAGAGCCGCAUAGAGGGGUGGAAGUGCACUACUUUGGAGGGAUCGCUGUGGGCUCCAUCUCGCUGCCUUGUGGCUGUGCCGCUUCUCGUUCCGGAGAAGCCUCUCUGCCACCACCUGCUGACCAUGCCGGGUGCGAGCGCUCUGCUCCUGGCGCUCGCCGCCGCCGCCGCUGCCCUCAGCUCGGCGGACCCCGACUCGCACCGACCCAGACACGACUCCAACCUGGAGAUCUACAAACGGCUGUUUGAGACCAAGAGGAAAGACCAGCUCAACGCACUCAAGAAUCUGGUGGAGCUGAACGACAUCAACCAGCAGUACAAGAUCAUAGACAUCAUGCUGAAAGGCCUCUUCAAGGUGUUGGAGGACUCGAGACAAGUCCUGGUCGCCGCCAACAUGCAGCCCGAUGACCCCUUUCCCAUGGAUGAUAAAAUCAAAGAAGCGUACUCUCACGUGGUGGAGAACACGGCGUUCUUCGGCGACGUGGCGCUGCGUUUCCCCCGCAUCGUCCACCACUACUACGACCGGAACUCCGACUGGGGCGGCCUCCUGCGCUGGGGCCUGAACUUCUGCAACCAGACGGGCGUUUUCACGGGAGGAGCUCACCAACACGUCCUCACGCUGAUGUCACAGGAGCUGGGAAUAACCGAGAAAUCCCCCGAUUUUAUCAACCCGUACCGCACGGAGAGAGACGACGUGCUCCACACGGCCGAGGCGUUCCAGAAGAUCCUGCGGGAGGAGGAGAAGAGGAGGAGGAAGGAGGAGAAGAGGAAAGAAAUCCGGAAAGGCCCUCGCAUCUCCCGCUCCCGCAGCGAGCUAUAGCGCCCGCACCCUCAGAGCAGAGAAGAAGACGGCGACGAAGAAGAAGGAGGAGAAACGCACACUGUCCACAUGGGGUGGCUUGGCUCGUAGACUCUGUUGACAGUGGAGGAAGUGAACGCUGCCAUCAGAGGAAGGAGAGCCAGGCGCUCUGUUGACGGCGAGAGAGGAGGCCUCAACGCGAGCGGAGGUCCGCCUCGCUCCGCUGAAGGAACGAGCCGCUGUUCGCCAACAGUCAUUUAUAAUUGGAAAUACUAGCGUUGUAUAGCAGGUAAACAAUGUCUCUGGAAAAUAAUUUAAGGGGAAAACCCAUUUUUUGAUAACUCAGCUUUGGAAGAAUAAUUGAUUUCAGUCUGAUCAGUCUCCUUCAAGCCCUCUGUUGUUCUGUGUCUGGUCGAGAUCUCGCUUCAUACACGUGUCGUUGCCUGAUAUGGAUUUGACCUCAUUAAAAUGUGGCCCGUCUCUGGUUAAUUAAGCAUUAUUUGCUGAUGGCACUUAUUGUUAUUAUUACCGUUUUGUUUUUUUCUGACCCGACGGUGUUUCUGUACUCACAAAUUACAUUCACACUGGUGCUUGAUGUUAAACGUCUUUUCUUUUUUUCUUUUUUUUUCUUUACCGAAUGGAUGUUAUACUGGGAGGAUUUUCUUUUGUUUCUUUUCCAUUAAUUAUUUUACUGCCAUUUGGAAAGGUCGUGUUAUUUUUAUCUGUCUCUUCAAAACCAGUCAUUUUUUUUUACCCGCUGUUUGUUUUGGCCUUAAUGACUCUUUGCUAUUGAAAAUGAUUUGAUUAUGUGAACCAAAUAUAGUAUGUGUCCCUUCACCGUUUUAUUUGUGGGUUUUGUUUCUUUAUUAUAUCACAUUGCUGGAAAUGAAAAUACUUUAUUGGUUUAGAUCUAUGGAAUUAAGAUUGAUGUAAUUUUGAAAUAGUAUUAUGACUGUUAUAAAAAUAUAUGUAUAUUCAGAGAAAAAGUAUCAUUGCUGCAGAAUGAACAAGCCAUUUUGUUAACAUCUGAUAAAAUAAAGUGACUGAUAUGUAAAAAAAGAAAGUUCUGCAUAUGUAUAUUCAUCUGUGUGGUACUCUCAAUGCAUAUACAGAGAAAACUUAGAACAGAAAAUAAUCGAAGGAAGAAAUUUCUAUAAAUGGAUGUAAAAUAAUCAAAAUGACUAAUAAAUAGUAUAU